AUGAAAUACAAAAAAUCAAAACCUAAUUAAGCAGAUAUAUGGAACUCUUAAAAUAGUGCUAAAUAGAUAUAAAAUAGGCGCGAUGGAGACUCAUUUAUUUGUUCAAACUAAAAAUGCAAAAAGAAUAUACUUAUUAAUAAACCGUUGAAUAGACCUUAAAAGUCAAAUACUUCUACGAACAACAUCUUUUCAGAUAUAUAUGAUUUUAUCGCAACUAGAAAAUGUCCUAAAUGUGAUUCAACAUUAGACAAAGGAGACUAACCGCAUUUGGAGUGUAGAUAGUGUAAAUCUAUAUCUUGUUUGAACAGCAACAAAUUUGGAUAUGCCUAUUACUUUUUAAUUCUUUACAAUUUCAUCAUUUCAUUAUACUUGUUAGAUAUACCUACAUAUUUAGAUGAAUUAUAUUAUAUUCUUCAAGGUAGCGAGGAGGAAACCUUAAAAUCGAUUGCCAUAAUGGUGAUUAUUGUAUUUAUUAUUGUGAUUGGUUUAUAUGCCUAACCAGAAGAUCCGUAAUUAUAGAAACUUGUAAUUAAAUGUAUAUUAGGGGCAAUAAUAUUUGUAAUAGUAAUGGGGGUAUAUCUAUUAAGUUCAUAUAUUUUCCGUUUACCCAAAGGAUCUGAUGCUGUUGCUUGGGGAAUUAUGGAGACAUUAGUAAAAUCUGUUUUUAAUGAUGAAUGAGGUAAAUAUUAUUAAGCAGG